AGUGUUUUAAGAAGCAUCCACACACUGUAUUCAAAGAGCACCUCAGUGUAUAGAUGUUCACGCAGCUUGCUGGAUGAGAAAACGUGGAUGAAAAAGCUUCUUAAAAUCUUUUAAUAUCUGUUUCUUAAAACCCUAAAAUACGUUUUCGCGCUGAACAAAAAAUUUGCAAAGCGUAACACUGAAGGAGGUUUUUUUUGUAAAUAGCAGUCGGUUAACUUUGUGAAACUUUCUUAAACUAAUCGUUGUCGAGUUAAAGGAUAUAUCUAUUUGCUUCUUUGUUAGCGCUUUUUUACUGGUUCGUUUCCGAUUCAUUUCUGUCGCUUUUUUUCCGUUCAUUCCUUCCCACCAACUUUGUCGUUGUUAGUGUUGUUCUCAUGGAAUUACGAAUAAACGAGAAAACAUUCUCUACAAAAUCAAAGCAUGUAUUUCUUGACGGAAGUUUAGAGCAUUUUGCUGCAGAUGUGCCAGAUGAAAUUGCAGAGUUUUACGCCCAAGAAGAUCAAGUGUUUGUACGAAACAUCCGUUGUUCAAUGAGCAUGUACGGUGUCAGCGUACUACGAUCUCCAAAUAACGAAAAAUUGCUGUAUCACGUUCUUCCUCACGAGAGCUUUUAUGUAAAUGGCAUGGCAGCACAUUUACGACGCAUUCCUACAGCAGACACUAUUCCAGAGACUCCUCAAAAACGUCGAACGACGAAUGCAGUUUCCUCAACGAAAAAGGCACCCUCGGCAGAUGCCACAAUGAUGUCGACUCCAGAAGUUCGACUGUCUUCUGAUACUCAAAGGACCCAAUCAGAAUCAAAAAAGCACACAACAAGUAGGCUUGCGGCCGAUGUCGGCGACAUGCAUGGUCACAGUUUAUCUACAAUUGAACGGACGAGCGAAAAUUACGAUUCCAAUUCCCUGUCUCCCAUAAAUUCUGUCCUUUCGAAAACUGAAAAUGGUGCCCUUCCCAUUUCAACCUCACAAGACGUUAUCCCCGAGACUCAAUCAAAAGACAACUCCCUGAUGGAAAUGAUUGAUGUAGAGGCAAUGGAUGUCGAAGACAUUCCUCCUCUUCCAGAAUUUAGACCAGUUACCGAGCAGCCUCUCAUUAAAAAAGGAGAAUCACCCGCUUCUACUGAUCACCCGUCACCGCCUCUUCCAGAACGGUUGACGGCGUCAGACAAGGCUUCGGAAGACGAAGAAGAGAAUGACACAAAAAUUGCUCGAAGAUACGACGAACCAUCUAUCCACGAUACCUCGACCCCCCGCUCAGCGAAACGCGAAAGCAAGUCAACGCCGACCCAACAGGGAGAUACAUCUUCCACACUUCUUCUUCCCCCACUACUACCCGAGUCGAAAGAAGAAGAUGGCUUGGUCCCUGACGCAACGCCUCCAGGAACCAACUAUUCCUUUCCCAGCUCCCCGCGUCCUAAUUACCUUGAUUCUGCGUCACAGCAAUCACCCCAAAAACGACGUUUGCGAACUUUACCCAAUGGCCACUUUGAAAUCGCCUUCUCAAACUUUAAGCCCACCAGGGCAAUGCAAUCGUUUCUGCGAAAACACAGUAUUAAUGUCACUGAUACCAUUUCCUCGGCUACCGCUUUUCUCAUAAUGGGGCCUCCUCCUCUUCGCCGGACACACAAGUUCCUUAUGUCAGUUGCCCUCGGUGUCCCUCCUCUGACUCCUCGGUACCUUCAGGCUUGUAUGAAGCAAAACGCCAUACUUGCUUUGGACGAAUACCUGUACCAAGAUGAAAAUGCUGAACAGGAAUGGGGGUUUUCGCUCAACGACGUCUACAAACGUACCGUUCUUGUUGGAAAACGUGUCUACCUCACUCAAGGCCUUCAGUCAACCAUGUCCAACGAUUCUCUUUUUGGACUUGAAUCAAUUCUUGAUGUUUGUCAAGCAAGGCUGCUACAUAAAGUGGAGGAUGCACAGGAACCAGGGGUACUUGUUCUGUGCGACCCGGAUGCUGAUGAGGAGGGAGAAAAUAUGUCGCUAACAGGAAUUCCAGUCUACAGGAUUGAGGUGAUUGCGCUAUCUAUUCUGCGCAACCGAAUUGACUAUGAUGAGUUUGCUGUUGAUUACUCACAAAAGAAUGUUUCUCGCAAACGAACUGUCGCAUCUCGUCGAAGCUCUGGUCGCAAACAAGCACGCACACGACACACCUCUCGCGUACUCUAGUUGGACAGAUAACGAGACGUUGCGGGUCGCGUUUACUCCCGACUUCCAUACUUAUUGCACUUUGAAGUCUAAAUAUUCAACUACGCUUAUCUGACAACCGACUAGCUUCUACCGACUGACUCCUUCAUAUGCCCCGACGAGUGCUCAACCCUCCUUACUAUGGCAUCUUCCGCACCAAAUUUGGUUCACCUCGUACCAUGACAAGCACGUUACGUCAUUGUGACAAUGCGUUAAUUCCCCCCGCAAUAUUCGCUUAACGUGAAUGAGUUCUCGUGGUUCCAGCGGGGAAUGUCGCAUUACCACCUGGGAUGCCAUGGCUUUACGUCACUACCACCUGCCCCGCCCAGGCUGUGAAUUGUCCUGAGAAAUAUCCCCGCCUCGGCCUAGCAAGUCUCCGAACGGCGUUCAUUAGGACGUCGGUACGUCGCAAGAUCAGCACGAAGAUUUGCAUAAAUAGCCCAUUGAGGCCCC